CGUGGAUUUCCAUUACCGUAACAUACUUUGUAGAGUCCUUGAAUAUCCAGUGUAAUAUUGAAAUCAUGUUCUUUAAGUUGGUGGUAGUUGCAUUGCUGGCCGUGGUCGCUUACGGCACUCCUCAAGGACGGCAUUACGAUAUAGCGUCCGAUCCUUACCAUAUCUACAAUGGAUUCCAAUCAUCCUAUCAACCGGAAGAUAAUCGAAAUCAUAACUCGGAAUAUCAAUUUGGAUACGAGGUGAAUGAUCAGAGUACAGGUGAUGUGAAAACUCAUCAAGAAUCGAAGAAAAAUGGAGUUGUUACUGGGCGCUAUGAGCUCGUUGAUCCUGACGGUUACAAAAGAAUUGUUGAAUAUACUGCUGAUGCGGUUCAUGGUUUCAAUGCGGUGGUACGGAGAAUUCCGCUAUCAGAUUAUCGUGCGCCAACUUUUGCCCAAAACAUUCCAGUUUACUCCACAGUUGCACCGAUAAUUCAUGCACCAGCGAUUCAAGCCCCGGCGUAUCAACCAUUUACAGCUGGUCAUAUAGCUACAACUGCAGCUCCCUUAAUUGCAACUACAGCUGCACCCGCCUAUGUUCAUGCGUCUACUCACGUGCCUCAAAGUGCCGUCUAUGUGGCAACACAUUCGGCGCCAUCUGUAGAUUUGCAAGCACCCGUGUACAACCCAACAGGACAUGCAUUUUUAGCCCCCACUGGAUUUUCUUAUGAUAAACAGUACUUUCAGUAAAUCAACAGUUUCGUGAUCAGUAUUCUGUGAAUAUUCUUAAUUGCUAUAGUACCUAAGCUUCGCUUACCACUAUUUCAUAUAUUUUAUAUUUCAUCUAAUAAAACAAGAAGCACUUUUUUGUAAA